AUCAAUAUUAUGAUUUAUGAUUAUGUCAUGUCAUUAUUUUAUUCCACUGCAAAAUACUCAAAAUAGUGCAAAAGAUGCAUUGAAAUCACUGAAAUCAGAAAGUCAAAAAUCUAACAAUACAUCAGAUCAUUGAUUGUCUGCAAGUAGCAUUUGCGUGAUAAUCUUCAAUUGUGCAAUAUAAUUCUACAAUGUCCCCUACAAAUGUUAUAUUACUGGCAUGUGGUUCAUUCAAUCCUCCAACAAAUAUGCAUCUGAGAAUGUUUGAGAUUGCAAGAGAUCACCUUCAUAGAAUGGGUAAUCACCUGGUAGUAGGAGGUGUAUUAUCACCAGUUCAUGAUGCAUAUGGUAAAAAAGAACUGGAGUCUUCUACUCAUAGAUUGGCAAUGAUUAAAUUAGCUCUACAGGAUCAUGAUUGGGUUAAAUUAUCAGAUUGGGAGUGCAAACAAGAGAGUUGGAGUAGAACUAAGCUAGUUUUACAACAUCAUCAAAAUCAACUAAAUGCUUUACUUAAUACAAACCAAAACAAUUGCUAUGAUCUCAAUGAAAAUAAUGCAAAGUGGAUUCCAGAUAAUAUUAUAAAUGGUGAUAUUGGACAUGUGCAGGUGAAACUGCUAUGUGGUGCUGACCUGUUAGAAUCAUUUGCAGUUCCAGGAUUAUGGUCAGAUACUGAAAUUCAAGACAUUGUUGGACAACAUGGCUUGGUAGUUAUUACCAGGUCCAAAUCAAAUCCUUUAGAAUUUAUUUAUAAUUCAGAUAUGCUUACAAAAUAUAUGCCUGGGCAAGCAGUGAAAAUCAUCACUGAAAGUUCUGGUGAUCACAAAAUCAUAAGGAGUGAGGCUACUGGAAAGGAGGUAUGUAAGGAAGAUGAUAAUGUUUUGAAAUCUUCAAGAAGCUAUUCGAAUUUUGAAGAGGUCAUGAAAAAUGAUUUGAAACACAGUACAAGUAACAACUUGAAAGAAUGUAAAAGCUGUGAUGAGAAUCUCAUUAAAUUUAUUUUCACCAAACAUGGCAUCCAGGUUAUAAGUGAUGUUGAAACAAUUGUUUAA